AUGAAGGAUCCGCGCGCAUCGAAGCGGAGGAGAGUCUCUGAAGAGCCAUCCCAAGACAAAGAUGGAGAUGUUGAAAUGGAUGGUGACGACAUUUAUUCAAUUCCAUCCUCCCCUGCUGCGGGAGACUCCGAAGACGACCAAGAUUAUCGCGCUCCCAGGGAAUCAGCAAAUCGGCGUCGAUCAACACGUGGUGGAAAUAACAGUGUACCUGAAGGGUUAGACCAAGAAAAAGAGGCACACGAGGAUGGCGCAGAGACUCCCACGAGAGCUGGUACUCGGUCAAGUGGACGGCAGCGCAAAGCGCCCCAGAGAUUCGAAGGCGACGCCGUCACAUCUUCCUCCACACGGAGAGGUGCCGCCACGCCUCGGAGUACUCGUGGGGUAAGAAGUGCACAAAAGCCGAAGCAGGAGUCUGUCGAGGACGAGGACAUGGAGGACAUGGAUCUCGACGAGGCGUCUCCGAAACCGACUGCUUCAGUUGCAAGGACCAGGUCUAGGAGGAGCACUACAAGAACCAGGGCGAGCGGUACGAAAGAUGGGGGAGAUGAUAAGGAAUUCACUCCUUCGCCUGAAGAGUACAAUGACGGCCUAGAUGACCUUGUUGCCAUGCAAUUACAGCAAGAUCUUCGGGAUCAACAAGAGACGCACGAAGUUGCUGAGGUGGCUGAACCGCUUCCUGAAUAUGUCGAGAACCUUCAAAAACUCUGUCAGAAUGGACUGCAAGAUGAGUUGCGUGUCCUUACGACUGCCGUUUUGGAGAAGCUGUCCGGAAAAAAACAAAUUCCGCUCAAGGGCGUUGAGAAUGAAUAUACAAAGGUCAACCACUUAAUCGAGCAGACGGUGACCAUUGGGGAAGGUAACUCACUGCUCCUUCUUGGAUCGCGCGGGUCCGGAAAGACGGCAAUGGUGGAAACUAUCAUCUCCUCUCUUGCAAAAAAUCAUGGAAACGACUUCCACGUCGUUCGAUUGAAUGGCUUCUUGCACACCGAUGAUCGCCUGGCGCUUCGAGAGAUGUGGCGCCAGCUUGGUCGUGAGACCCAUACUGAAGAUGACACAGCCAAGGUCAGCUCCUAUGCUGAUACGAUGGCGACCCUUUUGGCCCUUCUCUCACAUCCAGAAGAAUUGUUCGGCGCUUCCGGGAAUGCCAACGGAGUGACAGCCGCCAAAUCAAUUGUGAUUCUGCUGGAUGAGUUCGAUCUGUUUGUUACUCAUCCACGCCAGACUUUGCUAUACAAUUUGUUCGAUAUUGCGCAGGCCCGUAAAGCUCCAAUCGCCGUGAUCGGGUUGACCACCAAGGUCGAUGUGACGGAGAUGUUAGAGAAGCGAGUCAAGAGUCGUUUCAGCCACCGCUACGUCUACAUUCCGCUACCUCGGACGUACGAAAUUUUCUCGGAUAUUUGUAUGGCGAGUCUGGAUCUCAAUGACAGCGAAGUGCUGCAGCUUGCGGAUUCCGUUAGCGAUAAACAUGCUUUGAUGGAAUCCAGUGCUUGGAAGACUUUGCUCGAGGGAUGGAAGGUAUACUUAAAGCAACUGUGGGAUGACAAGGAAUUCCAAUUCCACCUCAAGAGAAUCUACCACCAAACCAAAUCCGUCAAGGAUUUCCUCACGAGCGCUCUUCUUCCCCUCAGCGAGCUACACCUCAGCACACUCGCGGCCGACAGACCUACAUUCCAAGUCCCAACUGCUACGAGCUUCGCCUCACAAUCUCUCUCCUGUCCCGACCCAGCUCCACUGCCAUUCGCUACAUCUUCAUCCUCAUCGAGCCCUUCCUCGCUGCCACUGGCACUCCUGCUGGCCGCCACUCGGCUGGCAGCUCUCUUCGACCCAGGUCACGACGGACAAGCACAAAGCUUAUCCCCCCUCGCACUAUCUUUCCCAGCCGCUUACGCCGAAUACGUACGUCUACUCACAUCUGCCAAGACAUCUGCCUCUGUGUCCGGCGCGGCUGCCACGCCCGGCCGCGUCUGGGGUCGCGAUGUGGCGCGCGAGUCAUGGGAGAAGUUGGUGACGUGGGGCCUUGUCACUCCGGUUGGUGGAGGUAAUGGCACUGCCGAUGGGCAGAUGUUCCGGGUGGAGAUCAGCUUUGAAGAGGUGGUUGAGAUGGCCGGAUCGAGUACUUCGUUGGGUCAAUGGUGGCGGGAUGGAUAA